UGUUUGAACUUCGACUGCCGUGGGCCGAACCAGCGCGGCAGGAGGAAAAAAUUGUUUCUCGAGGAAAGCUUGUGACCUCAUCUGGCGGGCACUUUCUUCGGCUGGGUCUCCUGUCUGCGCGUUCGCCACUUGUAGGCAUGUGCUACGAUAGCCGCGCGCGCUGGCGCGUGCAAACGCAGCCGUGCGCAGUUGAGCCGUGACCACUGGUACUUAAAAAAUUGUGUGCAGUGGCGCGGAUCACAUCUAGGUCGCGUGCAAGUGCUGCUGCCACAGGGGAACAUCUCGAAGAAGGGCAUGGCCGCAGCAAACCUAGCCCGUGCUGCCACGACCAAGCCUGCCAGCAAGGCAGUCAACCUGGAACAGUUUGACCCAACGCAGGUUCAACUGUUGGAAGAACAGUGCAUUCUAGUCGACGAGCAGGAUCGCGCCCUUGGAUCGUGCAGCAAGAAAGACUGUCACCUGAUGGAGAAUAUCAACAAGGGAUUUUUGCACAGGGCCUUCAGUGUCUUCUUGUUCAAUUCGAAAAAUGAGCUACUAUUGCAGCAGCGAUCUGAUGCAAAGAUAACCUUUCCAGGUCGCUUCACAAACACCUGUUGCAGCCAUCCUCUGCACGUUCCGGAUGAGCUAGAAGAAGCGAAUGCUCUAGGUGUCAAGAGGGCAGCUCAGCGUAGGCUUUUCAUUGAGCUUGGAAUCGAUCCCAAAGAGACGCCUGUAGAUGAGAUACGGUACCUCACCCGCAUCCUCUACAAGGCUCCUUCCGAUUCCACCUGGGGUGAAAACGAAGUCGACUACAUCCUCUUCGUGCACAAGGAUGUUGCCAUCAAACCCAAUCCCAACGAAGUGAAGGAAUCCCUCUACAUUUCAAGGAAGGACAUCUCAGACUUCAUAUCCUCACUCGAAGUACAAGGCCAGGUGAUUACACCCUGGUUCAAGCUCGUGCUAGAGAAUUUUCUUUUCGACUGGUGGGACAACCUGCACGACCUGAAGAAGUUUGAGGACCAUGCAACGAUACAUCGCUUGACAGCCAAGACCUCAUAGCAGCCUCUCUUGUUCAAGGACCCCAACAACUGUGAAAGACUUUUUUAACCGCUCCGAUACCUCACCCUGACUCGUUGUUUUUACUGUGGCACCUGUUUUUAUUUAUUUUUAUAAGGUUUGUUAUAAACUGACUCAUCUGUCCUGACAGUGUUUACAUGCUGAUGCUUACAUUUUUAUGUGAGUGGUAAAAGACCAUUUAGAGCGAAGACAGUUAGUCAGAAGAGUUCAGCAGAAAUCCACAAGGUAAAGAAAAAUCUAUGAAUAGGAAUGUUAUGAGAUCGGUUUGGAUGUACUUGAAGGCUACUAGUGUCAAUUCCCUUCGUGGUGUUGUGCUGUAUGUGGAGGUUGACAUGGUACCAAGACACCGGAGCCGAUUAAAGGUGCUUUUCAAAAAGGCUCUGCAGCACCUUUUGUUGAAGAAGCCGUUCCUUCAUAUCAGUGGCCUUUGGCAUUUUCUGGCAUGCAACUGCCGUCGACAAAACUUGAUGCAUUCUUUGACAGCCUGUGCCCUCCCUCCCGGUACGUGUGCCUCCCGAGGAUAACAUACUGACAAAAAAUUAUGAGCGGACAUCAGAAAUUUAAGUAAGCAUGCAGUGGGGUCCCUCUGUAGAAAAUCUACUUUCUGUUUUGUUAGAAGUCUCUUUUAUUUCAAGAUUUCUGACAGGAGUCGCAUGAGCAUAAAUUCGAAAAGACGUGCUUUAUUGGUGCGACAUCAAAUUCAUGUUAUCUCUCUGCUGGCAUGCACAUGUCAGAAGGAAUGUGCCCUAAAAGUAUUAAAGCAACUAGCACUCAGCCUUUGGCAUUAAGAAAAGGUAGUUUUUCUAUGCAUCAGUAAUGCGAGAUGCAGUUCUAAAGCAACAGCAGGGUUUUGUGUCAUGCUUGUAUUGGAGGCUUUUUUUUGUGUGUACAUUGUAGAACACAGCUACUAGUUAUAGCAGCGCUGUUUCGAUGUUCAGUAUUGCUUGCCUCAGUAGUUGGAUGUGGUCAAGCAUGGAAGCCUAAAAAUAACGGAUGUCACAAAAGCACAUCUUCUUCACUGCUUUGGUACGCAUCCAGGCUGAAGUCAAGUGGUACAGUCUAUGUUCUACCCAUGUAAUAUGUUGAAGCUGUUUUACUAGAAGAAAAUUUAACCUUUUUGUUGAUGCUGUGGUCUCUAGACUUUGUCAUGCAUAAUUAGGAGACUAUGCUGCCACAUUUAGCACUCGACUGCUCGAGAAGGAGCAUCACAGCGUAUAUUGUGCGUGUUUUUUUGUUAUUGUAGACUGCAAUUUUUAUCUGAGGUUAUAUUUAUGCCACUGACACUUAUCCAUCAAUGUGGCAGUUUAUUUUUGGAUUUGGGCAGCAAUACCUAACCUUCCUAACCAAAGACACGUUAAUUGUUUUGAGGUGAACACUUAACACAUCUUGCCGGCUUCAUGACCUUCAAAGCACAUCAAACUGAAUAACUAUGUACCAGUGAAAACGGGUUUCCCGCGACAGUUGUGGUCCAUUAAUUUACGAUGAGCGUAAGCUUUAUACAUUUUUGUUUGUUUAAAUAAAUAGUUGUUUACUUGCAACCAUUUCUAUUAUUCUUCCGUCUAUGACAUUGUGUAUGUGGUGCGAACUCGGUGAUCAGAGAUAUGAUUUGUUGUACACUCAUUCCAGUUGCAGAUAAUUGUUGUGAUAUUUAAAUUAGAGAUCUUGUUUGUCAGGCAUUGCCGGUAUCUUGAUGUGGCCUAUAAACAUCCCUCGGCUUAUUUUGUCUAAGUCUUGGACAGAGUUUGCAGGUUCCAGUUUGUUUUGUUUCGCAGUGCAUUACACGUAUGUACGUACCUGCUUGACCCACCUCAAAUAAAAGAACUACUGUUGUGUAAAA